UUUGCUUUAUUAUUCAAAUUAUUUCAUUAUUUUAUUUAACUCAAAAAAAGAAAAUUCAAGUUUUCUGUGACGUGAUGCGCCGCUUUCGCCUUCCCCGCGUACUCUCGUCCACCCUGUUCGUCCUAUGCUGUCUGCUACUAAUCAUCAAUGCCUUCUUUCGGAUCGGCCUUCGAUUUGGUAUCGAAACCUUUCGAUAUCCUGACCCAAAUGAGCCUCUUCCCUUUGUCCCUUUGCUGCAUCCUCAUAGGCCUUGGUUCUUCAGGGGAGGAGGCAUCAGGCCUCACGUCACAGGGAGUGCUUCUUCUCAACUGUGGCCUCAUGAAUCCGGUGGCGAUCGUAUUGUUAACCAGUUGAUGUACGUGCCUCAAGGUUAUGCCGAGCUACGCAAUGCUACCAAACCCCGCCUCAAAGAAAUCCUCCUCUAUUUUGGUAGGAGGGGAUGGAGCGAUCUUCCAAUGGGACGCAGCGUCUUCAUAAGGGACAUGUGUCCGGUCAACACGUGUCAAAUCACUGUUGACAGAAGGGCGAAGGCUGAUCUCAUCCUAUUCAAGGAUAGGUUCACUCUUCCAAAGAGGCAAAUCAGACCUCCAGAGCAGAUAUGGCUAUUGUUUCUUCUGGAAUGUCCCCUUCAUACACAAUCCUUCACACACGCUGCUGGAUUUUUCAACUGGACUGCAUCCUACAGACAUGACUCUGACGUUGUCGCGCCCUAUGAGAAAUGGGUACCCUACCCAGACGCCCCACCCCGGAUAAACGCUCCACUUCGAAACUACGCUUACGGCAAAACUGGGAAAGUGGCUUGGUUCGUUUCUAACUGCGCAGCUCGUAACAGGAGGUUGCAAUAUGCCCGGGAGCUCUCGAAGUACAUACAGGUGGACAUCUUCGGAAAAUGCGGCGGCGUCCGCACGUGCCCCAGAGCCAGUGCCAGCCGAUGCUUCAACAUGCUUAACAGGGAAUAUAAAUUCUAUCUGGCUUUUGAAAAUUCUAAUUGCAAGGAUUAUAUAACAGAGAAGUUCUUCAUUAAUGGCUUAGCACACGACGUGAUACCCAUUGUGAUGGGAGCCCGACCAGAAGACUAUGCCCGCGCAGCGCCACCCCAUUCCUACAUCCACGUGGAGGAUUUCUCAGGCCCUGCUGAUCUAGCUCGUUAUCUCCACAUGCUGAACACCAACGACACCCUCUACAACUCAUACUUUGCGUGGAAGAACACCGGGGAAUUCAUCCACACUCGCUUCUGGUGUCGCCUCUGUGCCCUAUUGCAUGCACCCCGGGUACCCAAAGUGUACACCGACAUCGAAACCUGGUGGGCAGGCAAGGGCACCUGCACCCCGGAUCAUUGGAGGAAAGACUUGGAUCAAACAACGCCGAAACCCCCCUGAAGAUAAAGAGGUCUUUAGAUGCUCUAUAAGUAUUGUAUUGUAACCCAUCAGUUCAUACUAAACAAAUUCAUAUUUGUCAUGCGUAUAUUAGAUUGUUUAUCUGUUUGGAAUGUCAAGUUUUUUUUAGAAAAAAGGGGACCCAAAAUUACAAUUACCAAUCAGCGCUACGACUUUAUUUUUUUUUAAGAGAAAGAAUUUUUUUUUCUUUCUCUAAAAGGGCACACGUUUAAUAUAA